AUUUUGAUCCUACUCUUCCCUUGGCACAAGAUAUGGCCAGGAAUAAAGUAAAAACAAUCGAUUUGGAAGUAAGAUUUGCACCCGACUAUCCGUUUGUACCACCACCAAGACUUUUACGUUUCAUGGAUGGUGGUGGUGGACAUGUUACUGCUGGUGGAUCCAUAUGUAUGGAUCUUUUAACACUUGGAAAUGCGCUAGAACGUGGCUGGUCUUCUGUAUAUACGAUGGAGGCUGUCUUGUUACAAGUUAAAAUGGCUUUGAGUUCGUUGGAUCCAAAGCCUGCGAGACUUGAUCGUCAUUGGAACUCCGAAUAUACACCUGGAGAAGCUAUUGAUUCGUUUAUAAGAGUUGCAAAUAAUCACAACUGGACCAUUCCACCACAAUG